AUGUAAAGUGCUCUUGUAUAUAUAACUUUGCCUAGAGAAAAAAUUAUACUCAAAAGCGUAGUUACUGGCAAUACCAUUAAAAUUAAUAAAUAGGAUGUCAAUAUUACUAAAUCACUUGAAAUAGAAUCAAAACACACCGGUUGGAUUUUGAUAGAUUAAUAAAAAAUUGCAAUUUUUCAUAGUCCAAUUUACUAUACUCCUAAAUUGAUGACUAUUUAAUUGCCUAAGUCACUGGAAAAAUAGUGA